AUGACACCUCAUGCCGAAUCGGCCAGUCAACUCCAACGAGCACAGUCCUUCAUUACUAAAUGGCGGGUGAACAUUAAUAGAGUCGACGCCCAAGGCAGUCCCACGUUUCCUGCCUCCAACUCUGACCUCCUCGAAGACUCGAUGGCUUCCGCCAGCACGCUGAAACCGAAGCAAGUGGCCGUGGCCAUGCUCGACCAUGCCAUGGCCAAACAUAGAGACCGUUACGAAUCCAUCUUCAUGAAGGCCUUCCUCGCAGGAGCUAUGCUUUCCUUCGGAGGCUUGCUCUCUGAGAUCAUCUCAGGUGGCUCUGCUGGGAUCAACUCAGCAAAUCCUGGGAUCGUCAAGAUAAUGGGGGGACUCGUCUUUCCUGUCGGUUUGGUAAUGAUUGUAUUGCAAGGGCAAGAACUCUUGACGAGUAACAUGAUGGUUGGUAGCCGUUAUCUCAGCCCCGGGUUCGUGAAGCUCACUUGUGUCUUCAAGAUAUUUCCCAUGGGCUUGAUCAAAGGGGUCAUACCAUGGUGGUCCCUCCCCGUUAACUGGAUUAUUGUCACAUUCGGCAACCUCGUAGGCAGCUUGUUCUUCGCAGCUAUUCUGGUUCGAUACAGCGGAAUAAUAUCCACCGAGCCUUACCUCACUUACGCGAAGACAUUUGCGAUGCACAAGGCGUCGGACCCAGCGUGGCACCAAAUCUUCCUGCGAGGUAUAGGAUGCAAUUGGCUCGUUUGCGUGGCUGUAUGGCAAGCGGCCGGGGCAAAAGAUACAAUCUCGAAGAUCUUCGCGAUAUGGAUUCCUAUCUGGAUUUUCGUGGCCUGCGGAUUUGAUCAUGUUGUUGCCAACAUGUUUUCGGUUCCCCUCGGCAUUAUGUUCGGUGCAGAUCUGACUGCGGCAGCAUACAUUCGCAAAUCGCUCAUCGCCGCGUACCUCGGUAACAUCGUCGGCGCCCUCCUCGUGGCUCUGCCAGCGACAUAUUUCUAUCUUCGGGACUACGAAGCUGGUGGACUGCGGAGUGCUGAGAGCGGCGAAGCGUUUAACGAAGUGUCGACAAGGCACCAGCACAAUCAACGCAACGUUCCUUCGUCCUCGGAGGAUGUAAGUACCGAAGAUAUAGAAGUACGCCAGAAGCAGUGA